UCGUUUGAAUGGGAGUAGCUUUAUAGACUCGUUCGCUUGUUCGUUCUCAGGGGGAUAUAUCAAAAGAAUCGUUACAUUUUGUUAACAAGUUGAAACUUCCAGGCGACAGCCGAAAUUUUUUUUCCCGAGAUAUAUCUAUAUUACACUCGACGUAAACCUGCAUUCAGUGCCUGGAAUGAGCGUAGAUGCUAAUUUUUGUAUAUCACCAUUUAUCGCUAACGUAGCGGACGGCUAGCCCUUUUAGCAAGCUACUGUUAGCCUCGCCGUCGGUCUGUCGGGGUUAGGAGCAAUUGUAUCUUAAAAAUCAGGCUCUUCAGUCGCGUCGUCAUGGGCGAGGUGGAGCUGUCGUGCCGGGCGUACGUAAAGAUGUACCUGCACGCCUGCCUUUUCCCCCGCUGCAGCGUCAACGGGCUGCUGUUGUCCUCCAGCUCGACAGGGGGCGCCGUCUGCGUGACCGACUGCGUGCCGCUGCUGCACUCGCACCUGUCCCUGGCGCCCGUCACCCAGCUGGCCCUCACACAGGUGGACGUGUGGUGCUCGCAGACACAGCAAAGGAUUGUGGGAUACUAUCAAGCCAAUGCCUGCGUGUCAGACAGCAGCCCAACUCAAGGAGCCCUGAAGAUCGCAGAUAAGAUCGCCGAGCAGUUCGACGGCGCCGUUCUGCUCAUGCUGGACGGUGGCAAAAUGUCUCCAGACUAUCGGGUCCCUCCCAUCGUCAUGUACGAGCGCAAGGACUCAAGAUGGACGCUCAAAGACAAGCACACGAUCAUGCUGAGGCAGUGGGAGGAGACACGCUCGAUUGCCGGCCAGAUGCUGGAGUCGGGCGACCACUCGCUCUUGGUGGAUUUUGACAGCCACCUGGAUGACAUCACCAGAGACUGGACCAAUCAGAAGCUGAACGGCAAGAUCGCCGAGCUGGCCUCGCCGGCCAAUGGGAACAUCUAAACGUAGGGGAGAAUCGCGUGAAGUCGUGUUUUUUGUUUUGUUUUGAGGGAUGACGGCAACAGUCUACUGUAGAAAGAUUUUUGUCUUUUUGUUUGACUAACAUAACAUGAGGACCCCCUCCCCAGUCGUGAGUGUGCUUCGAGCAUUGAAAACCAUGUUGAGUUCAAGGACAUGUAAACGCACACCACGGAGACUCCACUUCACAUUCCACCCAGUUGGACUUGAUCCUGGCUACAUUAAAUGACCCUACCGUG